CGCCAGUGGAUGUCACAGAACUUGAUGAACGUCUCUUCCGGCGCGCCAGCCAACCAGAACCCAUACCCUCAGCUCGACCCGCGUCUCCUUGGAGGUUCCAACGCUGCUCCCGUCGGAGGUAACCAUGGUGGACACCACGGACAACACGGCAGUGGGUCCGGACGGAGAUAGACGGGUCCUUGAGUCCGAGUCAGGAACGCGCGAAAAAUCAGCAGCAAUGAGUCAUUUCGAUAUUCUCCUCUCAUGCCACCACAAAUACAUAGCUGCCUGCAUCUGCAUCAUGAUCGACGGCAGUCAUGAAUACACAUACACCAAUCACACCAAUCACCACUCCGUCUCUUCUUCUUCUUUCUUUCUCUCUCUCCACUCAAUAAAUAGCUUUCUUCUUUGUCUGUUUGCUUUUUCAUGUACACCAAAAUAUUCGCAUUGUCCGGAGCGGGAGUGGGGGUUGCAUGGGGAUAUAUCCAUUUCUAUUUCAGGGUGUUCUUCUUCUUCUUUUUUUUUGUUUUCUGGGGGGCUUGUAUUAGAUUGUUUAGACGGCGUGCUUUGGGCGUUUCUGGAUUUGCUUGUUUCUACGGUUAUUACUUGUUCCGUCGCGUUUGUGCUCUUUUGGGCCGUCUUCUUCUUCCCAUAUAUAGGUCGCAUUAGAUUGUAUGUUGUAAUACUACUGUCAACCCCCCCGCUAAGCCUUCAAAGUAGGGCUUUCGGGUAAUACCUAAUGAGGAAAUAUUCUCGCUCCCUCGCCAGAACCUCAAAAUGCG